AUGUACUCAAGUCGUGAUAAAUCAGCGAUUACGUAUAAUUUGUUUGGCAUUCUCGAAUUAUUUGAAGACCUCGACUUGAACACUGGUUGGUCGUUAGCAACCGAAAAUCCGUGUAAAGCCAACAUAGGAAGAUUUCUUAAGUUGAUGACAGACAACAACCACCAACACGUUCGCCGUAUUGUUCAAUCAUGCUUGGAAGUUACUGAAUGUCCCAAAAGCAGUUGCCUGUUUUAUAAUAAAGCAACUAGAUCUUUCUUUAGAGAAAUUAAUAUCAGAAAAAGCAAAUACCGUUCCCGCAGCAACAUUUUUCGAGGUUUCGUAGUUCGUGACGCUGCUGAUGAAAUACUUGGAUAUUCAUCUGAUUAUUACUCUGCACCAUUAAGCGAGGAAAAUGUUUUGUUGAUGAUGACUGGUUUGGUGCUGAAGGUGAACCAAUUUCGUCUGGAAGAUAUCCGCAUGUAUGGCCUUCCGGAUACUCACCAGCUUGGAGAGAAUCAAGCCUCCGUUCCGAUCACGCGUAUCAGAACGCACCAGGAGAAUGUGAGAAGACGAGUCCGUCGCAAUCAGACUCAAACAGCAGCAGAAGUACAACGAGCUGCUGUUGUUUCUAACAUGGGGUCAAGAAUGGCCACUAAAAUGAGAAGACGUUUAAGAAACUUUGAACGUUUUCAACAUAUGAUUGAGGACCGCCUCCAUAUCUCGUCUGGCGAUUGUCACGCUGUGGUGCAUCCGGAAUAUAUGUCAGAGGAGGAAAACGACGCCGUUAAUGCGCACGGAUUGGCCACGUCGUUGUUGGAAGAGGUUUAUGCCUUUUUGGAUGCUCCUGCCGGUCCAUCUCGAGGUAUUUCAUUACCUCGUACCUCAAGAGUAGUCGACAAGACAUCCCCGUUACCAGUUGUAAGCAUUGGGGAAGAAAAUCGAGUGGGUCGACUUUUUUUGCCGCCCGAUAAUUAUCGUCCGUGGAUCAUCUUGGCCGAUAAUUAUCGUCCAUGGAUUUCCUUGGCCGAUAACUGUCGUCCGUGGAUCAUCUUGGCCGAUGAUUGUUGUCCAUGGAUUUUCUUGGUCGAUAAUUGUCGUCCGUGGAUCAUCUUGGCCGAUAAUUAUCGUCCAUGGAUCAUCUUGGCCGAUAAUUGUUGUCCGUUUCUAAAUUUUUGGCUGGGAUCCCCUACUGUCACUGAUAGUGAUGAGGUUGAUGAAUUAUUCAUCCCGGACCCCACACCCAGCCUUUCAAACAAGAACUUUAGCUAUAACUUAAUCGCAAGUCGGCUCAAUGUUUCUGCUCGGCGCUUUCGCCAAGAAGUAUAUUUACUUGGCGUUAAAAAGCUCAGUAAUUCCAUCACAGAUUCUGAAAAGGAUCAUUUAAAUUACUUGAUUAAUGCCUUCACACCGAAUAGUUUAGCUGAAGAGCUUGACAUGUUUUCCGCAAGACUUAUAAAAGAUAUUGACCUUGAUGACAGUACCAAAGUCAAUGCUUUAAAGCUAUCUCUUUCCCGAACUGUAAACCUAAUCAAUACCAAUAUCUCAAAUAUUUUCAAGGAUUACAUCUUAAAUGAAGCAUUUUGGGAUGAAAUCAAUAAAUGUAGCGUUGAACAGCCUACAGGUUUACCAUUUAAGUCUAAAUCCUUAAUUGAAAAUAUCAUCAAGCUUGAAGCAAUCGAACAAGAAGAUGAACAACAACAAACUGCCGUACUUGAUAUCUUAGAAACAGUGAUCAGGUACGCAGCUGUUGAUGCAAGGACACCAGAGUCAGAGAUGACUUCAUACAGAAAAGUAGCGAUGAUCCUGGACUUGACUUUGAAAAACUCUGGAAUUGAUCUGGUAGAUGGGGAGACGACAUGCAAGGCCAGCAAAUCAAUAGCCAAGAACCACGAGAGUAUCUAUGGAGAUACCAUCCCGCUCAACCGUGGGUUUGGUCGCCGUAUUGAUCUUAUCGUAUCAUCUAGGAACAUUGAGUUGUCGACAAACGAAUGGAAACGCAAAAAAGCUACUCCUGAACAAUUGGUCAACCACCUUACAAUCUCAACCAUGAUAGGGCAGAAAAUCGAGUGGACCGUCGUUAGCACAAGGCCAUACGAUCCGCUAAAUUAUUAUGAAUCACCAAGGAAAACUGGUUUUACCCAAAAAACCAAAAACAUACGAAUGAAUAAGGCAAUAUUAACCAAGCUUUAUGGUUUGCCAUUUUUACAAAGAGAUGUAAAACAAUUGCACGUAAUGAGCAUGGAUUGGGUCGGUCCUAAAGGUUACGUCUUCGCUAUCAAAAAGAUUUCCGAUAUUUAUGUUGCAGUUUACUUAAAGCCUCUCUCGAUGCCCGAAUAUUUGUUUCAGUUGCCUGAUUUCAUUGAUACACUUGAUACAUUAGGGGGUGUUUACUGGAUUUUUUUUAUGUGUGGGUGA